AUGGGGAAGGACUUGAGCGGGCCGAAGCAGCUGGCGAAGCAGAUGAAGGCGAAGGGCCUUCAGAAGCUUCGGUGGUACUGCCAGCUGUGCGAGAAGCAGUGCAGGGACGAGAAUGGGUUCAAGUGCCACCAGACGAGCGAGGGACACAAGAGGAUGAUGAUGUUGUUCGGGCAGAACCCGGACAAGGUCAUCGACGACUACAGCAAGCAGUUCGUCGAGGGCUACUUGGACGUCAUACGACAGCGCCACUGCAACUCGCGCGUGGAGGCGAACAAGGUGUACCAGGAGUACAUUGCCGACAGGCACCACGUGCACAUGAACUCCACGCACUGGCUCACCCUCACGGACUUCGUCGCGCACCUCGGCCGCGAGGGUCUCUGCAAGGUCGAGGAGACAGAGAAGGGGUUUUUUGUCACUUUGAUUCAAGAGGACCCUUUCAAGAAGCUCCAGGACGAGAAGCGCAUCCGCAUCGCGCGCGCGGAGGAGCGGGACGCCGAGCUCGAGCAGCGGGCCCUCGAGGAGCAGAUCCGGAAGGCGCACGAGGCCGCGCAAGACGACGCCGCGGCAAAGCGUGCUGAGGCCACGGACCUGCAGCGCGGCGAGGACGAGGGGCCGAUCCAGUUCGGCGUGGCGGUGGGGCGCACUGUGCGGCCGGGCCUGGCCGGGGCGGCGAAAGCGGCGCCGGCGGCGAUCGCUGCGGAGGACGACAGCGGCGCGCCCGGGAGCGGGGCCGCGGGGCGCGGGCGGAAGCGCACGGCGCUGGACGACAUCAUGGAGGCCGAGCGGAAGAAGAAGCGCGAGAUGAAGGAGGCCGAGGAGGCCGCGCGGCGCGACGCGGAGGCUGCGCGGGCGGCUGCGGCGAGGGCGGUGGCCGCGGGGUCCUGGCUCGAGGUGGGGCUGGUGGUGAAGAUCCUGGCCAAGUCGCUGAAGGAGCACGGGCUGUACAAGAAGAAGGGCGAGGUGCUGUCGGUCAAGGGCAAGACGGGGGAGAUCGAGGUGCUGGACUCCGGCGACGUCGUCAGGGUGGACUACAGGGAGCUCGAGACUGUCAUACCGUCACCGGGAGGGCGCGUGCGCGUCCUCGCGGGCCCGCUGCGCGGCCGCACCGGGGAGCUGCUCGACAUCGACACGGCGCGCUUCCAGGCGCGCGUGCGCGUCCCGGGCGACGGCGGCGGCGAGCACUGGAUGGAGUACGAGCAUAUUUGCAAAACAACUACCAAGUAA